UAUCCCUGCAGAACCCCAGCACCUCAUUUCAGUGUGCUUUGACAGCACCCCCACCUCAUCCUCGCAGGUCCCCAAUACCAUCCACACUCCAUACCUACAGUGCUGCAACACCAUCUACACCUCUGCAUGCUCUAACACUGUCCCCACUCUGUCCACGCACGGCCCCAACAGACCAAUCAUCUUUUCUCAAAUCAUCACACAGCUACAACUAGCUGACACUUUACUGAAUGAGAAUAAAAACCUAGAGUUUAACCAGUUGCAAUUUACUGCACUGUAUUGUGAUGCCAGAUGCAUUUGUUGUAUGAUGAUCCGGAUGUUUUUCUUUUUGUUCCCUUCCCCCCUCUAUGCCUGUUUUUGUUUAUGAUGGUUUUAUUUGUAUGAUGAUGUUGUGUUUAUGUUCUUCAACACCCCCAUGAUGGAAACAAAUUUCCUCUUUGAGGACCAAUAAAUUAUCUAUCUAUCUACUCUACUCGUUCCUUCUUUUAGAUGACAAGCCUCUGGUUUCCCUCAGACAUCUGCUGCAGGAGUGCAGUCAUGUGGAACUCCAGCCCACCUCACUGAUCAGAAUCUACUACACAGGCUGCUUCCUGCAGGACUGGGUGAGAUUUUAUAUCCUUCAACAUUUAAAGUAUGUAUUUUAAUGUAAUGCACGCAGUGAACAGUGUGCUGUCUUCUCUUUAGGUUGGGCGAAACACACAGUACUCAGUGAAACUGGGCUUCUCUAUUAGAACCCUGAACGAGGACAAAAUUACACCUGAAACCUGCCCAGCAUCCACAUCUGGACCCAAUCUACCGGUUCCUGCAGUUACAUGUGGAAGUAAGGAUGUCAUCGUGAAGCUGCCGGCUAAUGAGCUGAAAUAUGCACAAAUCAUAGAGCUGGAUACACCAUCAUUGGGAGAUAGGGAUACGUCUAAAGAACCUGGUUUAACACAAGAGAGAGCUAAAGACUUCCUGGUUAUUACCGUGAUCGACCCCAGAAUGGAGGACCAUGUUGGACUUGUGCUGCAGUACACUGAUGUAACAAAUGAACUGUAUACAGCAAAAGUAUUUUGUACUCAGUAUCAUACUAAACCUCGAUCAAAAAGAGAAACAGAGGACCUCACUUCCACUUCUUCACUUCUUUCAAUUAUUACUGAUCUCAGUGUAACAACCAAUGAACCAACCUCCACGGUACCAACAACAAGCUGCUCAGAUACUGAGAUUUCAACCACUGAAAGUGAAACAAGAACCACAUCAUUAACAACAUCCACAAUGAUGACCUCAGUACCUACAACUUCUAUUGGUCUUAGUGCAUCAAAUUAUGAAACAACCCCCACAGUACCAACAACAACAAGCUGUACAGGUACUGAGAUUUCAACCACUGAAAGUGAAACAAGAACCACAUCAGCAGCAACAUCUGCAAAGAUGACCUCACGACUUGCAACUGCUAUUGGUCUUAGUGCAUCAAAUGAUGAAACAAUCUCCACAGUGCAUUCACCAAUAAGCUGCUCAGGUACUGAGAUUUCAACCAGUGAAAGUGAAACAAGAACCACAUCAUUAACAACAUCCACAACGAUGACCUCAGUACCUACAAGUUCUAUUGGUCUUAGUGCAUCAAAUGAUGAAACAACCCCCACAGUACCAACAACAACAAGCUGCACAGGUACUGAGAUUUCAACCACUGAAAGUGUAACAAGAACCACAUCAUUAACAACAUCCGCAACGAUGACCUCAGUACCUACAACUUCUAUUGGUCUUAGUGCAUCAAAUGAUGAAACAACCCCCACAGUACUAACAACAGCAAGCUGCACAGGUACUGAGAUUUCGACCACUGAAAGUGAAACAAGAACCACAUCAGCAGCAACAUCUGCAACGAUGACCUCACGACUUGCAACUGCUAUUGGUCUUAGUGCAUCAAAUGAUGAAACAACCCCCACAGUACAUUCACCAAUAAGCUGCUCAGGUACUGAGAUUUCAACCAGUGAAAGUGAAACAAGAACCACAUCAUUAACAACAUCCACAACGAUGACCUCAGUACCUACAACUUCUAUUGGUCUUAGUGCAUCAAAUGAUGAAACAACCCACACAGUACCAACAACAGCAAGCUGCACAGGUACUGAGAUUUCAACCACUGAAAGUGAAACAAGAACCACAUCAGCAUCAACAUCUGCAACGAUGACCUCACGACUUGCAACUGCUAUUGGUCUUAGUGCAUCAACUGAUGAAACAAUCUCCACAGUGCAUUCACCAAUAAGCUGCUCAGGUACUGAGAUUUCAACCAGUGAAAGUGAAACAAGAACCACAUCAUUAACAACAUCCACAAUGAUGACCUCAGUACCUACAAGUUCUAUUGAUCUUAGUGCAUCAAAUGAUGAAACAACCCACACAGUACCAACAACAACAAGCUGCACAGGUACUGAGAUUUCAACCACUGAAAGUGUAACAAGAACCACAUCAUUAACAACAUCCGCAACGAUGACCUCAGUACCUACAACUUCUAUUGGUCUUAGUCCAUCAAAUGAUGAAACAACCCCCACAGUACUAACAACAGCAAGCUGCACAGGUACUGAGAUUUCGACCACUGAAAGUGAAACAAGAACCACAUCAGCAGCAACAUCUGCAACGAUGACCUCACGACUUGCAACUGCUAUUGGUCUUAGUGCAUCAAAUGAUGAAACAAACACCACAGUACAUUCACCAAUAAGCUGCUCAGGUACUGAGAUUUCAACCAGUGAAAGUGAAACAAGAACCACAUCAUUAACAACAUCCGCAACAAUGACCUCAGUACCUACAACUUCUAUUGGUCUUAGUGCAUCAAAUGAUGAAACAACCCACACAGUACCAACAACAGCAAGCUGCUCAGAUACUGAGAUUUCAACCACUGAAAGUGAAACAAGAACCACAUCAGCAGCAACAUCUGCAAAGAUGACCUCACGACUUCCAACUGCUAUUGGUCUUAGUGCAUCAAAUGAUGAAACAAUCUCCACAGUGCAUUCACCAAUAAGCUGCUCAGGUACUGAGAUUUCAACCAGUGAAAGUGAAACAAGAACCACAUCAUUAACAACAUCCACAAUGAUGACCUCAGUACCUACAAGUUCUAUUGGUCUUAGUGCAUCAAAUGAUGAAACAACCCCCACAGUACCAACAACAACAAGCUGCACAGGUACUGAGAUUUCAACCACUGAAAGUGUAACAAGAACCACAUCAUUAACAACAUCCACAACGAUGACCUCAGUACCUACAACUUCUAUUGGUCUUAGUCCAUCAAAUGAUGAAACAACCCACACAGUACCAACAACAGCAAGCUGCUCAGAUACUGAGAUUUCAACCACUGAAAGUGAAACAAGAACCACAUCAGCAGCAACAUCUGCAAAGAUGACCUCACGACUUCCAACUGCUAUUGGUCUUAGUGCAUCAAAUGAUGAAACAAUCUCCACAGUGCAUUCACCAAUAAGCUGCUCAGGUACUGAGAUUUCAACCAGUGAAAGUGAAACAAGAACCACAUCAUUAACAACAUCCACAACGAUUACCUCAGUACCUACAAGUUCUAUUGGUCUUAGUGCAUCAAAUGAUGAAACAACCCCCACAGUACCAACAACAACAAGCUGCACAGGUACUGAGAUUUCAACCACUGAAAGUGUAACAAGAACCACAUCAUUAACAACAUCCACAACGAUGACCUCAGUACCUACAACUUCUAUUGGUCUUAGUCCAUCAAAUGAUGAAACAACCCCCACAGUACUAACAACAGCAAGCUGCACAGGUACUGAGAUUUCAACCACUGAAAGUGAAACAAGAACCACAUCAGCAGCAACAUCUGCAACGAUGACCUCACGACUUGCAACUGCUAUUGGUCUUAGUGCAUCAAAUGAUGAAACAACCCCCACAGUACAUUCACCAAUAAGCUGCUCGGGUACUGAGAUUUCAACCACUGAAAGUGUAACAAGAACCACAUCAUUAACAACAUCCGCAACGAUGACCUCAGUACCUACAACUUCUAUUGGUCUUAGUGCAUCAAAUGAUGAAACAACCCACACAGUACCAACAACAGCAAGCUGCUCAGAUACUGAGAUUUCAACCACUGAAAGUGAAACAAGAACCACAUCAGCAGCAACAUCUGCAAAGAUGACCUCACGACUUGCAACUGCUAUUGGUCUUAGUGCAUCAAAUGAUGAAACAAUCUCCACAGUGCAUUCACCAAUAAGCUGCUCAGGUACUGAGAUUUCAACCACUGGAAGUGAAACAAGAACCACAUCAUUAACAACAUCCACAACGAUUACCUCAGUACCUACAAGUUCUAUUGGUCUUAGUGCAUCAAAUGAUGAAACAACCCCCACAGUACUAACAACAGCAAGCUGCACAGGUACUGAGAUUUCAACCACUGAAAGUGAAACAAGAACCACAUCAGCAGCAACAUCUGCAACGAUGACCUCACGACUUGCAACUGCUAUUGGUCUUAGUGCAUCAAAUGAUGAAACAACCCUCACAGUACAUUCACCAAUAAGCUGCUCAGGUACUGAGAUUUCAACCACUGAAAGUGUAACAAGAACCACAUCAUUAACAACAUCCGCAACGAUGACCUCAGUACCUACAAGUUCUAUUGAUCUUAGUGCAUCAAAUGAUGAAACAACCCCCACAGUACCAACAACAUCAAGCUGCACAGGUACUGAGAUUUCUACCACUGAAAGUGAAACAAGAAUGACAUCAUUAGCAAGUCCCACAGAGACGACCUCACUACCUGCAACUUCUACUACUCUUGAUGCAACAACCGAUUCACUAACCACCACAGUACCAACAACAAGCAUCACAAGUACUGAGAUUUCUACAACUGAAAGUGAAACAAGAAACACAUCAUUAGUAAUUCCUGAGGAGAGAAGCGCACUACUUGGAAUUAGUAGUCUUGGUGCAACAACCGAUUCAAUGACAACCACAGUACCUACAACAACAAGCUGCACAGGUACUGAGAUUACUGAAAGUGAAACAAGAACCACAUCAUUAGCAACUCCUGCAGAGAUGACCUCAGAACCUAUAACUUCUACUACUCUUCAUGCAACAACCUCCACAGUACCUACAAAAACACGCAGCACAAGUACUAAAGUUUCUACUACUAAAGGUGAAACAAGAACCACAUCGGCAGCAACAUCUGAAAAGAUUACCUCAAUAACUGCAACUGCUAUUACUCUUAGUGCAGCAAAUGAUGAAACAAUCUCUAUAGUACCUACAUCAACAAGCAGCACAAGUAAUGAGUUUUCUAACAGUAAAUGUAAAACAAGAACCAUAUCAGCACCAAUCCCUGCAAUGACAACCUCAAUAUCUGCAACUAUUACUCUUGGUGCCACAACUGAUGCAACCACUUUUACAGUGCGUAAAUCAUCACGCAGCACCACACUACCUGCACCUUCUACUGCUCAUCAUACAACAACUGGUACAACAACUGGUACAACAACUUCCAAAGUACCUGCAAAAGCAAGCAGCACAAGUUCUGAGAUUUCUACCACUGAAAGUGAAACAAGUUUCACAUCAUUAGCAAGUCCCAAAGAGACGACCUCACUACCUGCAACCUCUACUACUUUUGAUGCAACAACCGAUUCACUAACCACCACAGUACCAACAACAAGCAGCACAAGUACUGAGAUUUCUACAACUGAAAGUGAAACAAGUACCACAUCAUUAGCAAUUCCUGAGGAGAGAAGCGCACUACUUGGAAUUACUAGUCUUGGUGCAACAACUGAUUCAGUGACUACCACAGUACCUACAACAACAAGCUGCACAGGUACUGACAUUUCUACCACUGAAAGUGAAACAAGAACCACAUCAUUAGCAACUCCUGCAGAGAUGACCUCAGCACCUAAAACUUCUACUACUCUUCAUGCAACAACCUCCACAGUACCUACAAAAACACGCAGCACAAGUACUAAGGUUUCUACUAAAAGUGAAACAAGAAGCACAUCAGCAAUAACGUCUGAAAAGAUGACCUCAAUACCUGGAACUGGUAUUACUCUUAGUGUAGCAAAUGAUGAAACAAUCUCCACAGUACAUUCACCAUUAAGAUGCUCAGAUACUGAGGUUUCAACCACUGAAAGUGAAACAAUAAUGACAUCAUUAGCAAGUCCCACAGAGACGACCUCACUACCUGAAACUUCUACUACUCUUGAUGCAACAACCGAUUCACUAACUACCACAGUACCAACAACAGGCAGCACAAGUACUGAGAUUUCUACAACUGAAAGUGAAACAAGAAACACAUCAUUAACAAUUCCUGAGGAGAGAAGCGCACUUCUUGGAAUUAGUAGUUUUGGUGCAACAACCAAUUCAAUGACUACCACAGUACCUACAACAACAAGCUGCACAAGUACUGAGAUUUCUACAACCGAAAUUGAAACAAGUACCACAUCAUUAGCAACUCCUGCAGAGAUGACCUCACUAUCUGCAACUUCUACUACACUUCAUGCAACAACCUCCACAGUACCUACAAAAACACGCAGCACAAGUACUAAAGUUUCUACUACUAAAGGUGAAACAAGAACCACAUCAGAAGCAACAUCUGAAAAGAUGACCUCAAUACCUGGAACUGGUAUUACUCUCAGUGCAGCAAAUGAUGAAACAACCUCCACAGUACCUACAUCAACAAGCAGCACAAAUAAUGAGUUUUCUACCAUUGUAAGUGAAACAAGUGAAUCAGCAGCAAUUCCUCUAAAAACAACCUCAGCAACUGCAGCUACUACUACUACUCUUGGUGCAACCACUGAUGUGAGUACUGCAGAAGUUGUUGCACCAAGCUGUACAAAUACUGAUGUUUCAAAUACACUGGCAACAACCUCUGUAAAGACGACCUCAGUACCUGAAUCCCCUACUACUGUUGUGAACUGUGCAACAGUUAAAACUAUAAUAACUGCUAAAGCAAUUUCUACAAGCUCUCUAACAACACCAGUUACAUCCACAACAGCAGCUGCAACUACUGGACCUUUUGAGAACUUUUGGGGUUUUAAUGAUUUUCCAAGUGGCUCUUACAUGCUUGCUGCAACAAGCAGUACAACAGCUACAAAUUCUUUACCUACUGAUGAAAGUAUCAGAACAUCUUCAGCACCUUUUACAACAAUUACUUUUCCAUGGCCCUUUACGGAAACAACAACCACAUCCUGAGGAACUUGCAACAACCUCCACAGCGUCUAGAACAACAGGCUGCACCACUGCUGAGAUUUCUACCACUAAAGGUGAAACAAGUACCACAUCAGCAGUUACCUCUGCAGGACCAGUAACAACAGCUGCCUCAACUACUACUGAAUCAGUAGCCACAUCCCAUAUCACAGAGUCUAUGCCAGAAAGGACUACACUACACUAGUUAAAAUUGUCACGAGUGGGCUUCAACAUCUGUAAAAACAACCACUGUUCUGAAGCCCUCGACAGUAGCAGCAACAACAUCUAUGAAGUGCAACUAUUACUAUUAGAGUCAAAACUACAUCAACUACUGAUGCAACAACCUCUGCAGUACCUACAACAACAAGCAGUACAAGUGCUGAAGUUUCUACUGUGCAAGAACUGCUGCAUGGCCCUUUUUGGAAACAGCAACUACAGGCACUCAAUCAGGUGUCCUGACUAAAACUACUGAUGCAACAACAUCCACAGCAUCUUGAACAGCAAUCAGCACCAGUACUGAGAUUUUUACCACUAAAGCUGAAAGAAGUGCCACAUCAGUAGUAACCUCUGAAAAGGCGACUUCAGGACCUGUCACUUCUACUACUCAUGGUGCAACAACUACAACAGAUUCAACAACAUCUACAGUAAGUCCCAGCUUGUCACCAGUAACAGCUGCAGUUGCAACCUCUACCACUGAAUCAGCAACUUGCAACCUCUACUACUGAAUCAGCAACUAGACUAGCAGCAUCCACUGCUACUGUGUCUAUGUUGGAAGGACUACUACACUAGCUAAAAUUGCUACAAAUUAAGCUUCAACAUCAUACACCCAAAGCUGAAAGUGAAAGUGAAGCAAUAACUGCAUCAUCAGCAACUCCUGCACAGACAACCUCACAACCUGCA